AUCCACCACCUGUUCACCAGGUGUUGUUCUGCGCACCUGAUCGUGUCAUCACAGUGACUGCUGCUGCAGCUGCAUCGCACUAAUCUCUGGUAGUCGACAGUUUCUUCCAUUUUCAUUUCUACAAAAGUAGUUUUACACUUCCUACCAAGACAAUCAGGCUAUUGAACUACAAUCAUAAUUCCAUCCAGCUGAUACAAUUAGUGCUCUUUGACGCACAUUAGUUGGUUCCACGUGCACCAGUUUGUUUGAUCAAUAAAUUAGAUGAGCUUAUAAAGUCUGGAUAUAAAUAGUCCUUGUGUAAGGUCAUCAAAGUGCAGGGGGUUGUCAACUUCAGAGAGAGAUUUAAGGGCUGGCGUCGCAAAUCAAGACCACUCCCGACUCCUGAACUUAUAAAUAUCCUGGGAGGCCAAACUAUCAUUUUGUCUGCAAGUGAAGAUCUCAGAGCUCUCCCACUCCCACAGAGGACAGACAGGACACACACCGAGGCUCUUCAUCAGCUCCUUGUAAUCUGACUCAAAUUCAAGCAUCAAAUGGAGACGAAUAAAGACAAUUUACUGCAACAGGUGGAGCUAAACGGAAUCAGUGAAUCACCUGAAAUGGAUUUAGAGGCUGCACUGAAAGAAUGCUGCGGCGCCCUUGACCUCUUUCUGAACAACAGGUUUUCCGAUGCUUUGGCUCUCUUAAAACCCUGGAAGAGUCAGAGCAUGUACCACGCAAUGGGCUACAGCAGCAUCUUGGUGAUGCAGGCAGGCAUGACCUUUGACCCAAAGGACAUGGAUGCUGCCAUGGAGUCACUGAGGGAAUCCCUGCAGACAUGCCAAAGAUUUCGGAAGAAAGUUGGAUUAAUGGAGACUUUAACCAGCCUGUGGUACAGACAACCAGCUGACAACCUGACAGAAGAGGAGAUGCACGCAGAGCUGUGCUACGCUGAAGUGCUGCUGCAGAAAGCGUCUCUCACGUUCCUGGAUGAGAGCAUAAUCAGUUUCAUUAAGGGAGGGAUGAGAAUCCGAAACAGUUAUCAGAUUUUCAAGGAUUGCCAGAUCUUGGUCAAUGCCACAAAAGAAACAGAUGAACAGAGCAGCACUCACAUCCAUUUUAGGGGUGGUGUCAACAUGGGCAUUGGAUCAUUUAAUCUGAUGCUGUCUCUGUUCCCAUCAAGAGUCCUCAGACUGAUGGAGUUUUUGGGCUUCUCAGGAGACCGGGAAAUGGGUUUGUCGGAGUUGAGAGAGGGAGCAGCCGGCAACAGCCUGCGCUCCAUCCUCAGCACCCUGACUCUGAUGAUGUAUCAUCUCUACAUUACAGUGAUUCUGGGUACUGGUGAAGCAAACCUCGCUGAGGCUGAAGCUCUGCUGGAGCCCUACAUUGAAAAGUUCCCCAAUGGAGCUCUCAUUCUUUUCUACAUUGCAAGAAUUGCUUUGCUCAAAGGAAACUUCACAUUUGCCCAGGAGAAGUUCCUGGCAUGCAUCGCAGCGCAGGAGGAGUGGCGUCAGAUUCACCACCUGUGUUACUGGGAGCUGAUGUGGGCUUACUCCUUCGAACAAAACUGGAAGGAGGCGUAUCGAUACGCUGACCUGCUCUGCAAAGAGAGCAAGUGGUCCCAGGCCACCUAUGCGUUCCAGAAAGCUGCCAUCUUGAGCAUGCUACCAGAGGAGGAAGUGACUAAACUGGGAGAAAAUGCGGGGGAGAUAUUCAGGCAGGUGGAUAGUCUCAGACUGAGGAUUGCUGGGAAGUCGAUUCCAACAGAGAAGUUUGCAGCAAAAAAGGCCCAGCGAUACUCUUCUGCUAACCCUGUGAAACUAGUCGUGCCUGCUUUGGAAAUGAUGUACGUAUGGAAUGGUUUCACAGUAGUCGGCAAAAGACCUGAGUUGACUAAAAGCAUCUUGACCACCUUAGAGGAAGCAGAGGAGCAGCUCAGAGAGGAUCCAGACCCGUCAGAGUAUCACCUGGAUGACCAGUGUGUUGUCCAGCUGCUGAAGGGCCUGUGUCUAAGACAGCUGGGGCAUCUGGUCCAGGCCGAGCUCUGCUUCAAUCAUGUCAUUUCCAGUGAACAUGAUCUCAAGCACUACAACUACCUGGUGCCAUUUACCAUGUAUGAGCAGGGCCUGUUGCACAAGCAGAAAGGUGACUUCAAAACAGCCAUUGCCAUGAUGGAAAAUAUCAAGACGAACUACAAAGACUACCACAUGGAGUCAAGGCUACACUUCCGCAUCCACGCAGCACUCAACACCAUGGGCACUUUUGCAGCCAAACUUCCCCCAUCACGCACGCCAGCUUAAGAGACUCCAUGGCAGGAAGAUCAUAAAAAAACAAAACAGAAACAAACCAGAAAUAUUUUUCAACCCUAUUUGCUGCUUUAAACUCUGACUUGAAAUCUUCUAGAUGGGCAUCUUGCUGCCAGCUCCUUGAUAUAGGUACUGUUUACAUCCAAACGUUGAGUUGCAACCCUGAGUAGUUUUUUAAAUUUUUUGAAUUGAAUCUAGAGCAACAGUGAAGUAGUCUCUGCUGGCGACUUGUAUGAAUAUCUUGAAGAUGACUUGGUUAUUUCCAUUGAAUUGCACUAGCUUAUCAGAACCAGGGCAGUGUAAAGAAUGGAAAAAAUGUUAAUAGACGGGACGAGAGGAAAACAUAUGACUUUUAUUGGAUUCAACACGUCUUGCUCUUUGAAGUCUCCAAUAAUGUGGUAUCCAUCUCACUUGUCUUGCUUGUUUCUAUUUAUGAAAUUUAACAUGUCAAUAUUUUAAGGAUGUUGAUGAUUUUACAAAUCGUAUGCUCCGGUGCAAUUCAGCCUUGUUCUACAGUUAACAACCUCCUUGUAAAUAGCUGUCUUUUUUUCUGUGCAGUAUGACUGUCUGCUUUUGAUAAAUUACCUAAAAUAAAGCAUAUGUAUGAAAUAAUGUCCUUUAUUUAUUGGUGGCACAACAUGUAAGGCAUAUGCCAGGUGUUGAUACAUUUGAACAAUGAACCCUUGAUUAAACAACAACAUUCAUACAUCCUGUAUAUAAGGAGAAAUAUACAAAUAAGGGCUGGUAACUAUCCCUUUUUUUUGUUUUUGUGGAAAGUGCGUGUGAGAUUAAAUGUGGAAAACAAAUGUCAAUAUACUUGCCUUAGCACCCUGGAAAAAUGCUGAUUAUCUCUAUUGUAUUUUGAGUGACGGUUGAUGUCUGUGGUGUCAAUGUGAUUUUCAGACAUAUAUGACAUCAUAUGCAAUGGUACUAUGGAGGUUUUGCCAGUGUCACUGAUUAGUUCUUGAUGUGCACCGCAUUAAAUUGUCAUAGUAGGGCUACUUUUUGAGAUUUUGAGUAGCCUACAUUUGACCGAUAAUACAUUUGUAUAUUUAAUCAAAGCUCCCAUAUUGUAAA